AUGGGUGUAGGAAAAACAAUAUAAGCUUUAGGUUUAGCUACUUGUUUACAAUAAAAAUGGCCUUUGUUAAUAAUUACUCCAUCUUCAUUACGAUUAAAUUGGAAGUUAGAAAUAAUGGAAUGGAUAAAAUUUAUAAAAGAAUGCAAUAUUUUAAUUAUUGAUAAAUAAACUUCUAAAUUUUAUGAAGAAAAUAUAAAAAUAGUAAUAAUAUCAUAUGAACUCUGUAAAUAAUAUAAUAAUUAUUUAAAAACUUUUAAAAUUGCAAUUGCAGAUGAAGCUCAUUAUCUUAAGAAUUAUUAAGCUUAAAGAUCUUAAUUAUUAAUUCCUAUUUUAUAAAAUAUGCAUCAUAUUAUACUUUUGACAGGCACACCUGCUUUAGCUAAACCUAAAGAAUUAUAUAAUUUAUUAAGUAUUAUUAGACCUGAUAUAUUUAAAUUUCCAAAAUCAUUUUUAGAAAGAUAUUGUGAUCCAAAGCCUAAUCCAUUUUAUGAAAAUAAAAUUGAUUAUGAGGGAGCUAGUAAUUGUGAUGAACUUCAUUUUAUUUUGAAAAAUAAUUUUAUGAUUAGAAGAUUAAAAUAAGAUGUACUUACUGAGUUACCUCUUAAAAGAAGAAGAAAAGUAGUUGUAAAAACUGACAUAAAGAAAAUGGAUUGGACUCCGGCAAUAAUGUAAUAAGCAGAAGAUAGAGCACAUAGAGUAGGAUAAAUUGGCUGUGUAGAAUGCUUUUAUUUAAUAGGGGAAAAUACUUUGGAUCAAUAUAUCUAUGAUAAACUAAACAGAAAAAGUAAUAUAGUUUAAUCUAUUAUUGAUGGUUAAAGUUCUAAUAAUUUUUCUUUGUAAUAGUUAGAGUUUUAAUCAAAUUAAAAAUAGGAGAAAAUUAUUGAAAAUAAAAGUACUGUUUAAAAAAAGAAAUUUAUAGAUGAAUAUUUUGAUAAAUUUAAAUAUAGAAAAAAAUAGAUAAUGUCUACAAUAAUAGAACAACCUAAACAAAUAUAAUUUGAUAUAUAAUCUAAAGGAAUUUAAAGACUAAAAAUGUGUGAUGGAUUAUCUAAUUACAAUUAAUAGCUUUAAUAUAAUGCUGAAAAAUUAAUUGAAGACUUUCCUUAAAAAGAUAAAGCUUUAUUAAUAAAAUUACUAGAAGAUGUAGAAAAUAGGCUAGAUGUAGCUUACGAAAUAUUGUAUUCUGAGUAAAUAUCAAUAGAAAAUUAAUAUUAAAACCGAAAUGAAAACAAACAAGAAUUUAAUUUUGAAAAAGCGCCUCAGGAAGUAAUAAAAGAAAGAAAAAUAAUAAAUAAUGUAUAAAUGAAACAAUUGAAAUAAAAUAAAUAAAAUAAUUUAGCAUAAUUUAAAUAAUAACAAUAAUAAUAAUAAAAUUCCCAAAAGCUAAAAGAUAUAAAUGAAAUUGACAAUUUUUAAAAAUAACUAGUUUUGGAUAAUAUAAUUCCUAUUAUUCUUAAUAGAAUAACAUCUUGUAAUUAUGAUUAGGCAAUGGUCUUAUUAAUUGAAGCGUUUAAACAUUAUGAAGAAGAGAACAGAAAAGCUAUUAAAUAUGAUAAAAUUAUUACUAAUCAUAAUAUUCUUUUGAAAACCAUUAUUAAUUAAUAAAUAAAAAUUUAAAAAUAUGAUAAGCUUUAGAAGGAACUUGAAGCAGAAAAUAUAUAGCUUAUAAAAGAUAAAGAAAAAUAUAAAAGUAAAUCUGAAAGAAUCACUUUAAUGUUUAAUGCAUAAAAUUAAAAAUAUUCUUAUGAAAAUUAUGAUGACUUUGACUAAAAUAAUAAUGGUGGAAAUAGUAUGUGUUUUUGA